CAGGUGGGUGCUCGCUGUGUGCCCUAAAUUCUCUGUAAUGGGCGUUGGAGGGGCUUUUAUGGCAGAAAUCAGUCCCCCUCCGCCCCGCCAAGUGGCGUUGGUGGCCCCUCCGGUCCCGCUGCCUUGCCCUGGUUCCCCUCACGGCUCUGCUGAGCCGCCUGCGGGCAGGGCAGGGCAGGGCAGCGGGUGCUGCUGUGGGGAGGGCCGACGGAGGGGAGCUGGGGGGUACAUCGGGGGGCAGCUCGGCUUAGGCUGCUGUGGGAACCGUGUUGAGGUGAAAACUUGUAGGACUUGUGGCAAUUCUCUCUUAAAAGCAGUUAGUGCCCCACUAUACGCCAAGUGGCUGUAGGAAUAGCAUGUGUUGGUACAGUUGAAGGGGUUAGUCUGCUUCUUCAGGCAUUAACGGUGUCUUAAACUGGCUUAUAGUGACUGUGGUGUUGCCAUAAGACACCAUAAAAUGUCCCUUUUGUGUUGCCGGUGUGUCUUUGUGAAAAUAGGAGCUGAAGCCGUAGCAUGUUAAUGGCACCCCAGUGCUGGGCCCUGCACAAAUUGUUUGUUCUUCCACUGAGGACUUUUGGAAACGUGUCUUAGUGAUGCACAUUUAGUGCUAUCAUGAUUCUAACAGCCUUUAGUUUGUCACGUAAAAAGAAACAUUUUUUAAAAAAUUCAGGAACUACCUUAGAAGAAAAAAAUGCAGGUCACUAAUAUAUCACGGUCCUGAUUUUACAACGGAAUGGCUUUGAUGAGUGCUAGGUAUUUGGCAAGCUGUUCCAUUACAUUGGUGGGACCUGCCUACCACCUGUAUUUUCCCUACUUUUAUACCCACAAAAAAAUCCCUGAAGGCAGAGCAGACCGUACAUAGCUCAGGGCUGCCUUCAAGUGUGCAUCUGCCUGGUGAACGUGGGCUGACAGCUACUGAAAAAGGAUUUAAUAUCAGUGCUGGUUGGUCUGGGAUGGAGUUAAUAUUCUUCCUGGUAGCCAUUAUGGUGCUGUGCAGUGGAUUUGUGAUGAAAACAGCGUUGAUAACACACCAGUGCUUUAGCUGGUGCUGAGCAGUGCUGAUACACAGUCAAAAUCUCUUCAUUUCCAUGCUGCCCUGCCAGCAGGGAGCCUGGGGGUACAGCAGCAGCUGGGAGGGAACACAGCCCGGCCAGCUGGCCCAAACGGACCGAAGGGAUAUCCCGUGCCAUGUGAGGUUUGGCAUCUGCAAAUUCCAGAUUUCCUCAGGGACAGCACUGCUGGCAACGGCGAGGUGAUGGGCAGAGUUCUGGACCGGAGAAACCAAAGGCAAAACGUAAUAAAGCAGUGAAGAGAAACUGAAGGAAAGAAGUACUGCAUGUGUUAAAGAUCAGAAAACUGUUUCUGAAGUAUUUGGGCAAACAAGUAUAUAAGUAGUAAAAUCUAAAAAGGUUAAAAGUGUGUGGGAAGCAUGGGUUAUGAUAUCGAGCGUUUUGUUGGCUACGUUAACGAAGGGCUCUUAUGCUCCAUCUGCCGUGAUGUGUUAGAAGAUCCACUACAGGCUCCUUGUGAACACGCUUUCUGUACUGCUUGUAUACACGGGUGGCUCGUUCAUCACAGUAACUGUCCUGAAGACAGACAAGUGGUUGAUGUGUCUAUGCUACGACCUCUGUACAGAUAUAUGAAAAAUGAUUUAAAUCGUCUUCAGCUACACUGCAAAAACAGAGAGUAUGGCUGUGAAAUGGUUUGUUCUUUAGAGUCUAUCGACCGGCACGAACGGGAGUGUGAAUACAGUCAGAUACCGUGCUCCAAUGCUGGCUGUACAGUUCAGGUUGAGCGACGUAACCUUGAUGUUCACUUGGCAGUGUGUGAAUAUCGGAGCCGUGAAUGCCCCAACGGCUGUGGUUACACCAUUCUCAGCGCAGAAGACACGCAGCAUAACUGUGUAGCAGAGCUGAGAACCGAGCUAGAACUACUUCGGUCAGAAAUGAUCUGCAGAGUGGAGGAGGCAAAGCAUGAGAUGGAGUCAAGGUUAGAUUCACAGAGAAGGCAUAUGGUCCAGAAAGAGAGUAUUCUGCAGAAUGAAAUUGAAGAACUAAAGAGUCAGAUGUCCCGAAUGAUGUCAGAUGUACGUUCCCUGAUGGCUGCAGAGAGACAGCAUCGGCAGGAGCUGGAGCAAGCAGAGCUGGAAAAACGGGAAUUAAUGGAGCUGCUGAGGGGGCUGCAGAAGGACUGUCGGUUAAGUACCACAGAGGGAAGCAGGAAGUCAGCAAACUUCCGCCCACUGACACGACUAGAGAGUGCAAAACGGAAACCCAGGGAAGUUACAGUUAUCUAAACAGAAGUAAGCUCAAAAAGCAUUUUUUUUCUGAUUUCUGUGACCAUCUGACAAAAUUUUUUACUCUCCAUGAAUGAUUGGUAAACUUCACAUCAUUUCUGAUUUGCUUGCUUUCUUUUUAAACCUGGAUUACAACCUCCUGUCCUCCUGGGCCAUAAAAACAAAUGGGGGAGUUUUCUCUUACAGAACACUGGGUAUUAAACCUGGUAAUUUUCAAAGAUGUUUGUAGCUCAUGUUUCCCUAAAAAGAGGGAAGAAAACUUGAUUUCUAUCUCUUCAGUGUGUCAUUUACAGACCUCUUUGUACCAUGAAAACUGGAAUCUUUUAAAGUCAAGGAUACUUGAAGUUUUUUUCUUUCCUGGUCCAUUAGAGUCUGUUUCAGUCCAGUUUAUGCUUAUACUUGAAACAGGAAGAAAAAGAAAAUGCGAUUAUCUGUAGUGACACUUGGGAUGUACUUAAUUUGGGGAAAGUCAGUAAUAGAAAUUAAUAGAUUUUGUUUGUAUCAUCUGUAGGAGGUAUAUCUCAAAGGUGAAACGAAAGCACUUUAAAUUCUAAAUCUACUGCUAUGUAACAGCUUCAGGUGAGCUUGACUUACUUUAGAGCUUCUCUUAACUUCCCAGGCUGACACACACUGAAGAGAUAUGUACCAGAGCCCAAGGUAAUAGUGUUACCCAAAACCUGUUACAUAGAUCUGUGUGUAAAUUAGAGUUUGUGGGAGAGGAUCUUGCAUUUUAUUUAGUAACUUGAGCUUUUCUAUGUGAAAAUAUUAGCUUUCUAUAGGGUCCUUAAAGCCUAACUUCAGCCCAUUCAGUAUUCAAUAUU